AUGAGCUUCGUGCUACUGAAGGACGAUGAAGAUCCCAAGGCGACGAUGCAAGAGGCUUUUGCCAUGAUCGACGCGAGUGACGAGGUCCCGAUUCUGUCGGAUAUCCUCAAUGAAACGCACUCGUUAAGCGACUCUGGGGGCCUCAAACGCAGUCGUCAGGAGCAGAACCGCGAACGGGAUUUUCGACGACGACAGCGGCAGAAGGAGGAGCGUCUGCAGUUGCAAAUGCAGGCGCAGCGUCUGGAAAUGUAUCUAUCCCAACUGAGAGAGAGCGGCGGCAGUGUACGAAGCUCCGAAUUGAGAGAAUCGAGUUGUGUCACUCUGGAGAUGCAGAAGCAGCGAGUGGAGGCGGAACUGCUCAAUAUGUCGCUCAAAAAGGCGAGAAAGAAAUCGUUGGCGAGUUUCAUGCUGUUGAAAACGACGCCGGUCCAAAUGUCCUCCUUUAACAAUAGAAAUGCGAACUUAUUAUCCGUGAAAAAAAUAGAAUAG